AUGCAUAGUGUUAGUCGUCGUUCGGCCAAGCUUCUGGUCUCUUCUUGGCUCUCUGAGGAAUCUUCGUAUAGUUUGCCAGGAUAUGAUCUAGAAUCUUCAAAAACUGUACUCGUUAUUACAAUGAAAACGUCGGGGGUGUUGGCUGGUGUUCCGUUCCUGGACGCCCUGGCUGAGCAUCUUGGUUGUGCGAUUGAGUGGCAUGUAAAAGAAGGAGAAAUGCUGCCUAAUGGAAGCGUGAGGGUUGCGUCGAUGACAGGGGCUACUGCUGAUUUAGUUCAUAGCGAGCUUUUGAUAAAAAACAUUCUAUCGCGUGCCUCAGGUAUCGCAACAUUUGCUUCAAGACUUAAGCGGUUGUUAGCUGAUUCCUCAUGGGGAGGAGAACUUGUGUCUCCCUUUACACACACUCCGGGCUUCGCUCUUGUUGAGGAAUACGCUAUGUUUGUUGCUGGUGUUCCAAGCUCGAGAAACUUAUCAUCGGUUCUCUUACCUAUGUCACAUGUUGAGGCGGCUGGUGGCGUUGUGAAUGCAAUAUCUGCCAUUAAGGCCAAAGCUGGCAAGAACACGCAUAUUACUGUUGAAUGCGGAAGCUUGGAUGAGGCAAAGGCGGCGGCUGAAGCCGGAGCUUCUUCUGUUAGGUUCGAGAGUUUGACUGUGAAGGAGUUGGGGAGUUUCUCGGCUGCAUUGAAAUCAGUUUAUUCGUCUCUAAUCAUUGAAGCAUCGGGGAAUUUCGAUGAAACAACUUUGCGCCAAUUCCUGGUGCCAAACGUCGACGCCUUAACGACGAGGAAGAUGUUCAGUGGAUAUCCGGUUCUUGACUUUAUUUUAAGCUAUGAGACGGGCAGCUUAACCCCAAGUACAUCUCUGCACGUUGGGUCACAAAAGCGAACAAUCGUAGCCUUCUGGGUGCGCAAGUGCGCACUGCUAUUAAAAUUGGAAUCAUGA